CGAAAUGGCGGCCGACCGAGGAGCUUUCAUCGAUCAGUCGCAAUCACUGAAUGUCCACAUAGGAGAUCCAACAACUGACAAGCUCACGUCGAUGCAUUUCUUCGGCUGGAAAAGCGGCCUAAAGACUGGCAUGUAUUACUUGAGAACGAAGCCGGCCGCAAAUCCUAUUCAGUUUACAGUGGACAAGUCGAAAUUGCAAAAUCGCGGUUCCGUAUCGAGUGCCUCGAAUGCCAGCAUCUCUACUAUCAGCAGUCCUGUUCAGUCACCUACCAAGAAGAACAACGACGACGAGGCCGAAAAGCGAAAACAAUUAAAUCAGCAAGCGAGUAAGAACUUGGAGGCGAUGCUCGUUUGCUCGCGUAAGAACGGGGACGCCUGCACGGCAUGCAGCUCCUGAGCGUUUAUUAGCGUUUAAGCCUAAUUCUU